GGAGACCACGCCCAUCAGUGGGCGGGGCCACCGCUGCGGCCCGGGAGCUACUAGACGUCCGUCCCGCGCUGCCCCUUGCCGCCCGCUCCUGACCUCGCCAUGGUCCGCCUGCCUCUGCAGAGUCUCCUCCUGGGCUGCUGGCUAGCCGCCGUCCACCCAGAACCACCUACUGCAUGCAGUGGAAAGCAAUACCUCGUAAAAGACCAGUGCUGUAAUUUGUGCCCGCCAGAACAUAAACUGGUGAGUGACUGCACGGAGCUGACCGACACGGAAUGUGUCCUUUGCAGUGAAGGCGAAUUCAUGGCGACCUGGAACAGCGAGAGGCACUGCCACCCGCACAGAUACUGUGAACCAAAUGCAGGACUCCUGGUCCAGAGUGAAGGCACUUUGGAAACAGACACGAGUUGCGUGUGCGAUAAAGGCCUACACUGUGUCAACGAGGCCUGUGACUACUGCACCCCACACAGCUCUUGCCCCCCUGGCUCUGGGGUCAAGGAGAUGGCUACAGGGGUUUCUGAUACCAUCUGUGAGCCCUGCCCCGUUGGCUUCUUCUCCAAUGUGUCAUCCGCCGAGGAAAAGUGCCAUCCUUGGACGAGCUGUGAGAUCAAAGGCCUGGUGGAGCUGCGGGCAGGGACUAACAAGACAGAUGCUGUCUGUGACACCAAGCAUCGGCAGAGAUUCCUGGUGGUGAUCCCCAUCGCAGCCGUCCUUGUGACUCUCCUGCUGGUGUCAGCCUGCUUCUGGAAGUUCCCCAUCAAGGCUGGCCGCCCCCGCCCUAAGGACCCCGAGGGCAAAGGGCAAGUUCCUGUGGAGAUGGAGUACCUUCCUGGCACCUGCCCCGUGCAGGAGACCUUGCACUGGUGCCAGCCGGUGGCGCAGGAGGACGGCAAAGAGAGCCGCAUCUCCGUGCAGGAGAGACAGUGAGGCUGCGCGUGCCCGGGAGCACGGCAGCAGAUGGACAAACGUGACGUGGCCGCGGAGCCUGGAGCUGCAGCUGUGACAUGAGGGCGAGGGGCUGGCGCCGGGCACGGCCCCCUCUGCCUGCACAGUUCACUCAGGGGAAUCCCCUACUCCAGCCAGGAGCCUGCUCAGUCUCCCUACUUGCUUUUAAAGAUGGAAGCAAAGCUUUUUUGCGGGGGGAGGGGGGAACGAGGGAGGGCAUCUAGUAACAUCAUCGAACCCUCCAGCCCAGCCGUCCGGGGCCCACGUGGUCUGUAUAGGCUCAGGGGACAUCUACGUGAAGAUCACCGCAGGGUCGUUUGGGACUGGGAACAACUGGAAGCAGCUUAACUGUCCACCACCAGGGGGCUGGCUAAAUAAAAUGGUAAUAUAUUUAUGUAACAGCAUCUCAAAGGCACUGUCAUGGAAAAAAACAACAGGCUGCAGAAUGACGGGCAGGGAUUUUUUUUAAAAGCACAUAC